UCCUGUGCAAGCCCAAGUUGAUGCCCCUGAAGACAGUGACGCUUGAGAAGCUGGAGCAGAUGCAACGCCAGGCCCAACUAAGGGCCCAAGAGGAACAGCAGCCGAAGAACUCGUCGGACGAGCAGUAAGACUGUCCACACAUGGCGCUCGGGCCGCUCCUGGCAGAGGUGGUCGUCACCUUUGUGCUUGCAGCUUGCCUUUUAUUCCGCUAUGGUAACUGGUUCAAACACCACGUGAUAGUAACCGCGUCGGUUCUGGUCGCCUGGUACUUUUCGUUUCUCAUCAUCUUCGUGCUGCCCUUGGACGUGUCAUCCACCGUCUACCGACAAUGCAUGCAAAGCCUCAACGCGACGUCCGAGCAGGCAGCUGUGACGAACGGUUCUGAUGGUCGUUCUUGUCAGGUUCCCUGGAGCUACGUGCCUGAUGAGGUGUUCCCUGAUCUCUGGCGCGUCGUCUACUGGACUUCGCAGUGCCUCACUUGGCUGAUUUUGCCGUUGAUGCAGUCUUACACUAAAGCUGGCGACUUCUCUGUCAAGGGGAAAUUGCGUUCGGCGCUGAUCGACAACGCUAUUUACUACAGCACAUACCUUUUCAUUUGCUGCGUGCUGUUUGUCUACAUUAUUUUAAAACCAGGCCUUGACGUUGACGGUGGCAAGCUUAAAGCCAUAGCCUCGAGCGCGAGCAACACGUGGGGUCUGUUCCUUCUGGUGCUGCUGCUGGGACAUGCCCUGGUCGAGGUGCCUCGCUCUCUUUGGCGCGCCAGCUCAUACAACUAUUCUCUCAACAAGGCGUAUUUCCGCACAGCCAAGCUCAGCUCUGAACGCAGUGAGGCUGAAGAGGCUGUUGACGAUGUGCUUGAGCACUUGCAGUCAGUCACGCUGUCCAUUGGGCCAGGACACUACCUGCACAGACACCUAGAGACGAUAAUGCAGAAAAUCCCGGCCGACAUCAGGGACAGGAUGGGUCGGCGUCCGCUGGCCGACGGAUCAGUGCCAGAUGAGCCAACGGAGAAAUCUCUCGUCAGGCUCCACAAGCAGGUAAAAAAGGCCCUGCAGAUGCAGCACCGCACGGAGGCUCAGUGGGUCAUCCUGAUGGACGAGGUGAUUGCUUUGGAGGACGCGUCGCGCUUCUUCAGCAACCACAACAGGCCCAACGCUUGGUGGCCACCUAGUCAAUAUUGGUACUUCCGUGGCAAGGAGUACCUGCUGAAGACGGCGGCCGUGUGCGCGGGCACCCUGUCAGCCGCCAUCAUUUGGUCCGAGUUGACUUUCUUCGUCAAAGACCCCGUACUUUCUAUAUUCGCUAGAAUAGUCAACUUAGCCAAGUCCAACUACGACUAUUUCACCAUAGAGCUAAUCUCGACGCUAGUGAUCGCCUAUCUCUGCUUCUGCGCUUACUCGACCGUCUUCAAAGUGCGAGUGCUGAACUUCUACUACUUGGCCGGCCACCAUGGCACGGACGAGUACAGUCUCAUCUUUUCUGGAAUGAUGUUGUGUCGUCUGACGCCGCCAAUGUGCUUAAACUUCCUGGGCUUGAUCCACAUGGACAGCCACGUGAUCAAGACCCACAUUCUGGAGACGCACUACACGCAGGUGAUGGGUCACAUGGACGUGAUUGGCAUCAUCUCGGAUGGCUUCAAUAUUUACUUCCCGACGGUGCUGCUGCUUCUGAGCGCUGCCACCUAUUUCAGCCUCGGCUCCAGACUGCUUUCGGCACUGGGCUUCCACCAGUUCAUCGGCGGCGAGGACGACAUGACCGCCGACCUGAUCGACGAGGGCAGGGAUCUGGUCAAGAGAGAAAAGAGACGGAGACAGCGCAGUGAGGAAACCUCGACCCGCCGAAGAGACUUUCACGAGCGCUUUGGCACUUCACUUGGAAUUCGAAGGAUGAGAAACGAUGACAGAGGAGAAGACGCUUCUGGAACUGAAGUUCGGCGUGGCGAGGAGGGGGAAGGCCAAGAGUCGGCGCGGACUGUGCUUUUGCGUGACGUAGAGCCGCUGGACUAUAACUCUGCCGAGCUGCACCCAAGUCAGGAUGACGACACGUUCCGGCUGCCAGAAAGGACCCGAUUUAACCAGCUGCCCCGGGGACUCUUUGAUGACGUCUAACUAAAGACUUGUAUUUUGCCCAUUACUAACGCUCUAGAUUAACUAUUGCUGUUUUAGCACCAAAAGCGAGUCUCUUUUUUUGUGGUGUACCUGUCUUAAGUAACAUUCCAAUGUACUGUGCAAUUUUUUGUUAAUGAAAGAAAUUAAAAAAUCAGGGGUUUGUCUCAUAUUAAAA